AUGAAGCCGCCCGCCGCGCAGGGCAGCCCCGCGGCCGCCGCGGCCGCAGCCCCGGCCUUGGACUCGGCCGACGCGGGGGACCUGAGCGACGCGCUGUGCGAGUUUGAUGCGGUGCUGGCCGACUUCGCGUCGCCCUUCCACGAGCGCCACUUCCACUACGAAGAGCACCUGGAGCGCAUGAAGCGGCGGAGCAGCGCCAGCGUCAGCGAUAGCAGCGGCUUCAGCGACUCGGAGAGUGCAGAUUCACUUUAUAGGAACAGCUUCAGCUUCAGUGAUGAAAAACUGAAUUCUCCAACAGACAGCACUCCAGCUCUUCUGUCUCCCGCUGUCCCUCCUCGGAAAGCCAAACUAGGAGACACGAAAGAGCUAGAAGACUUUAUUGCUGAUCUCGACAGAACCUUAGCAAGUAUGUGAAGCAAGAAGCUCUGGGUCCUUUCAUCAUAAGGGAGAAGCUUCAGAGAGCUCUGAGGACCUGAUAAAAUCAGCUACAGAAUUUGCUGCUGGAGGGGCCAGAGAUGCUGUUCAUCUACCACCAGGCCAUUCUCAUUCUCGUCCUAAAAAUGCCUUUGGGCUCAUCUCUGGGCAAGUUAGAAAUUGACUUUGUUUACCUGCUUGCAGCGUAUUAGAACAGAUGACUCAUGCUAAUGUUGUAUUUCCUCUUAAAACAUAGCUUUUCUGUAAUU